AUGCAAUUGCGUCAUUCCGUUGGAUUGGCUAUCUUAUCUGCCAUAGCAGUCCAAGGAUUGCUAAUUCCUAACAUUGAGUCAUUACCCAGCCAGUUUGGUGCUAAUGGUGACAGUGAACAAGGUGUAUUAGCCCACCAUGGUAAACAUCCUAAAGUUGAUAUGGCUCACCAUGGAAAGCAUCCUAAAAUCGCUAAGGAUUCCAAGGGACACCCUAAGCUUUGCCCUGAAGCUUUGAAGAAGAUGAAAGAAGGCCACCCUUCGGCUCCAGUCAUUACUACCCAUUCCGCUUCUAAAAACUUAAUCCCUUACUCUUAUAUUAUAGUCUUCAAGAAGGGUGUCACUUCAGAGGAUAUCGACUUCCACCGUGACCUUAUCUCCACUCUUCAUGAAGAGUCUGUGAGCAAAUUAAGAGAGUCAGAUCCAAAUCACUCAUUUUUCGUUUCUAAUGAGAAUGGCGAAACAGGUUACACCGGUGACUUCUCCGUUGGUGACUUGCUCAAGGGUUACACCGGAUACUUCACGGAUGACACUUUAGAGCUUAUCAGUAAGCAUCCAGCAGUUGCUUUCAUUGAAAGGGAUUCGAGAGUAUUUGCCACCGAUUUUGAAACUCAAAACGGUGCUCCUUGGGGUUUGGCCAGAGUCUCUCACAGAAAGCCUCUUUCCCUAGGCAGCUUCAACAAGUACUUAUAUGAUGGAGCUGGUGGUGAAGGUGUUACUUCCUAUGUUAUCGAUACAGGUAUCCACGUCACUCACAAAGAAUUCCAGGGUAGAGCAUCUUGGGGUAAGACCAUUCCAGCUGGAGACGUUGAUGACGAUGGAAACGGUCACGGAACUCACUGUGCUGGUACCAUUGCUUCUGAAAGCUACGGUGUUGCCAAGAAGGCUAAUGUUGUUGCCAUCAAGGUCUUGAGAUCUAAUGGUUCUGGUUCGAUGUCAGAUGUUCUGAAGGGUGUUGAGUAUGCCACCCAAUCCCACUUGGAUGCUGUUAAAAAGGGCAACAAGAAAUUUAAGGGCUCUACCGCUAACAUGUCACUGGGUGGUGGUAAAUCUCCUGCUUUGGACCUUGCAGUCAAUGCUGCUGUUAAGAAUGGUAUUCACUUUGCCGUUGCAGCAGGUAACGAAAACCAAGAUGCUUGUAACACCUCGCCAGCAGCUGCUGAGAAUGCCAUCACCGUCGGUGCAUCAACCUUAUCAGACGCUAGAGCUUACUUUUCUAACUACGGUAAAUGUGUUGACAUUUUCGCUCCAGGUUUAAACAUUCUUUCUACCUACACUGGUUCGGAUGACGCAACUGCUACCUUGUCUGGUACUUCAAUGGCCUCUCCUCACAUUGCUGGUCUGUUGACUUACUUCCUAUCAUUGCAGCCUGCUGCUGGAUCUCUGUACUCUAACGGAGGAUCUGAGGGUGUCACACCUGCUCAAUUGAAAAAGAACCUCCUCAAGUAUGCAUCUGUCGGAGUAUUAGAGGAUGUUCCAGAAGACACUCCAAACCUCUUGGUUUACAAUGGUGGUGGACAAAACCUUUCUUCUUUCUGGGGAAAGGAGACAGAAGACAAUGUUGCUUCCUCCGACGAUACUGGUGAGUUUCACUCUUUUGUGAACAAGCUUGAAUCAGCUGUUGAAAACUUGGCCCAAGAGUUUGCACAUUCAGUGAAGGAGCUGGCUUCUGAACUUAUUUAG